AAUUUGGAUUCCAUAAUUUGAUUACUUUUGUUUUGUUUUUUUUUUUUGAGAAAUUUUUACUUUAUUUUUUUAAAGAAAAUUAAAAUCAAAAAAAAUGACACGUCUUACUGAAGCACUUGUACUUGCUGUUGGUUUAUUCGGUCUUUGGAUUCGGCUGUUAACGAUAAAAGAAAUGGAAACCUAUCUAUCACGUAUUCAUCUACAAUUGAUGCCUAUCUAUACGAUUUUGGUAUUUGGUUUAAUUUCGGCUAUAAUUGUAUUAUAUCGUACGCUAACAUUCAAUGGAUGCCCGGAAGCAUAUGAAGAAUUGAAAAUAGAAAUCAAAGAAGCGAAAAAUGAUUUAAAACAAAAAGGUUUUAAAUUUUGAAAUUGUUUUUAUUUUUAUUGUAAAAA